UCUUGCAAACAUUUAUCAAUUUAUCAGGGGCGUGGCUUUGUUAGACUCGAUCAGGCAUGUGCCUACACAUUUUUCUUAUUUCUUUUUUUUUUUUUUUUCAUUUUCAAAACACAUUUUCGUCGAUAAAUAUUUGCAAAACAAUAAUAUGUUCAUAUAUAUUUCUAGUUUUUAAAAUCGGAUAUAAAAUCAUUAUUCCGCCGAGCCUUUUCCUUUUAUAAUGUAUUUUAUAUGAUAUAAAAAAUGGUUGUAUAUUUUUUAUAAACUUAUGGCGAUCACAAGGCCUCAGUCGACUUAACAGUUUAAAAAUCUUUGAAAAGUUGUGCAAUAUUUAUAAUAAUAAUAACGAUAAAGCCUUUAUUUAUCCAGAAUAACACAAAUUAGCGUAUAGCUAUUUUCCAUUGUAGUCCUGCUAUUUAAUGUCUAGGCCUAUUGCAAUUAUUUUGAUGCUCAGAGUAGUGCAAAUGAGUCAAAAUAUUUCAAUAAUUUCUCGGGAGUGACCGGUCAAACCCCCUCCCGCACCCCCGCAUCCCCUCUCGGCGCUUACACGUUGAAAUAGUCCUAGCUACGCCCCUGAUUACUUCGUACAAAAUCGUAAAUUACACUGUACAUGUGUAAUUAUUGAUAAUGUAUGAAAAUGAAACGUAUUAAUAAUAAUAAUUAAUAAGACUUUCAUUUAGCUUUUAAAAAAAAUCAAAUAAUUUUAUGCAUAACUAUCUGUUAUUAAUAAGAAAUUAUUCUACGGAAACAAUAAAAGAAAAAUCCCCAUACACACGUAACACUCCCACGUGUAGAUCACCCGCAUGAGCGCUGAAAACAACACUCCUCAACCUGCAUGUCACCUUGACCUUGUUGACAAAAUGGCGGAAUUAAAGAGCCGCCCUAAGAAGCACGAGCGAUUGAAACACAAGAUAGGUCAUCAUCGUCCAACUAUCGGACCAAGGAGGGCCUCCACCGACAUCUAAUCAACACCCUCAUCGACCGAUUCCUAGACGGAAGCAAAAAAGACGGACAAAACUUCAUUGCAUGGAAAACCCAGUUUAAAAAGUACUGCAACAUGCCGGCCCAAGACGAGAAGGGACUGAGGUCAGAUUUUAGUUUCCUGGAGAGGCGUGGCCUGUUGUCCGUGGGGCGUUACAGCAUCCUGAAUAAGAUCUUUCAGAAGAUUGACCCCAGGGCUGUCAGCUUCGUCAACAAAGUGUCCCAGGAAAUGGCGGCUUUACCUUCAGAGAAUAGACUAGAGGCAAGGUCUGCAACUCUUAAGAUUAACACAUUCAUUCUUCCGGUGGAAAAAAAGGUAGAACAUGCAUUAUGGGAAAUGAUCCACGACACCAUUUCCUACAUAGAGUCUUCUCCGGAUCCAGUCGUGUCGACCGAAGAAGCUAUAGAAAUCAUCGACAGUAAUUCCGCCGGAAAUAGAAAAAAGCCGAAGCUUAAAGGUUUAAUGGACAAGACUCUUAGACUACAGAGGGAAUUACACGGUGAAAAAGACCACGUGAUUAACUGUAACAUCCUAAAAGUGUUUUUUCAUCUGUACCAAAAGCUGCGGAAAAUGAAUCACCUGAAGGGUUUGAAAGUCGGACCAAAAGGACGCUUCACAUUGUUUGCCGAAUUUUCCACUGUUUUAGACCUGAAGAGCUGUCUUGCGGAGGGCAGUCUAAAAACUCUGAAGAGCGACAUUUCCGACUUUUAUGUAUCAGCGUAUACAGACCUCGGUAUCGACAUGAAAUACGGAAAUGUCAUUGUAGAAGUCAAAGAGGACAAGGUUAAAGACGGAAAGCCCCCGGAUAUCGACAGAGGGUCCCCUGACGAAAAGAAAAAGUUUGACAGAAAGAUAGCUGUUGAUGACAUAAAUGAGAUCUGCCACAUAACUUUUGUGCUCCCUGAUCAGUUUUGGGUGAGUGAUUCAGAAGGGACAAUGCUUCUUGUGAACCAAGAUGGCGAGAUUUUAGAUACUUUGUCGACCAAAGCUCACGCAUGCGGCAAACAUGCAAUAACAAAUACCGGCGAACUUCUUUUUCUCAAUCAUGGUUGUGUGAUGAAAUAUGUCCAUGGACAUGGUGCGAAGACGCUUGUGUCGGACAUCACUUCCGGUGGAUGGUGGGAGUGGUCGAUUUUUUGCAGUCAUCAAAAUGGCGACAUCCUCGUCGGAAUGACAGAUGAAAAUUUGGACCAUGGGAGAGUUGUCAGAUUCAAUAAAAUUGGACAUCUAAUGCAGACGAUAGAAUUUACUGGAACUAAUAGACUGUUAUACAACGUACCGAGAUAUAUAACGGAGAACGUCAACCGUGACGUCUGCACGUCUGAUAACAAAGGAAUCGUAGUAGUGGAUAAGGCGGGAAAACACAGGUUCACGCACGAUCUGAAAAUUCCGCAUGGACUUUGCACGGACUCUCACGGACAUAUCAUUGCAUGCAACUGGACGUCCGUCAUUCAUGUCCUCAAUCGUGAUGGCCGCCUGCUUUGCAUUAUGGGAGUAGAUACAAGAGACGUAAUUUCACUCUGUAUUGACGAGGAAAACAAUCUUUAUUUAGGUUCAGACUGUUCGAACACCAUCAGUGUGUACCGGCUAUCAACGGAGGACACGAGCAGUAUGUGAUCGCGUGUUCGAACACCAACGGUGCGUACAAGCUGCCGACACGAGAACUCGUGAUCAGCUGCCAUUGAUCACGAGAUCAACUUCCGUAAAAUUCUUAUUGAUCAUGGCAUUGUGGAUAUCACGUGAUGAAAUACAUUUUUUUUCUUUCGUUUGUUUUGUUAAACUAAACUUUUACGUAUUGUUUCCCAGGUUGAAGUAAAAAGUCCUCUACAUAA